AUGGUAUUCCGCUCCCCCCUAGACCUCUAUUCCUCCCACUUCUUGUUGCCAAACUUCGCGGAUUCUCACCACUGCUCCCUACUUCUGGCGAGUAGCGGCGGCGGGAACGGUGCGGGAGGCGGCGGCGGCGAGGGAGGCGGCGGCGGCGGCGGGAACCGUGCGGGAGGCGGCGGUGCUGGCGGAGCAGGCGGCGGCGGCGGCGGCGGCGGCGGCUCCAGGGCCCCCCCGGAAGAGUUGUCCAUGUUCCAGCUGCCCACCCUCAACUUCUCGCCGGAGCAGGUGGCCAGCGUCUGCGAGACGCUGGAGGAGACGGGCGACAUCGAGCGGCUGGGCCGCUUCCUCUGGUCGCUGCCUGUGGCCCCCGGGGCGUGCGAGGCCAUCAACAAACACGAGUCGAUCCUGCGCGCGCGCGCCGUGGUCGCCUUCCACACGGGCAACUUCCGCGAUCUGUACCACAUCCUGGAGAACCACAAGUUCACCAAGGAGUCUCACGGCAAGCUGCAGGCCAUGUGGCUCGAGGCACACUACCAGGAGGCCGAGAAGCUGCGCGGUCGCCCACUCGGCCCGGUGGACAAGUACCGCGUGCGCAAGAAGUUCCCGCUGCCGCGCACCAUCUGGGACGGCGAGCAGAAGACGCAUUGCUUCAAGGAGCGGACUCGGAGCCUGCUGCGGGAGUGGUACCUGCAGGACCCCUACCCCAACCCCAGCAAGAAACGCGAACUGGCGCAGGCCACCGGCCUCACUCCCACACAAGUAGGCAACUGGUUUAAGAACCGGCGGCAGCGCGACCGCGCCGCAGCGGCCAAGAACAGGCUCCAGCACCAGGCCAUCGGACCCAGCGGCAUGCGCUCGCUGGCCGAACCCGGCUGCCCCACGCACGGCUCGGCAGAGUCGCCGUCCACGGCGGCCAGCCCCACCACCAGUGUGUCCAGCCUGACGGAGCGCGCGGACACCGGCACCUCCAUCCUCUCGGUAACCUCCAGCGACUCGGAAUGUGAUGUAUGA